AGCGGCGGAUGACCGUUUGCCAGGCCAAAUGGAGCUUGAGGCCAUGACCAGAUACACCAGCCCAGUAAAUCCAGCUGUCUUCCCCCGUCUGACUGUGGUGCUUCUAACUAUUGGCAUGUUCUUCACCGCCUGGUUCUUUGUUUACGAGGUUACCUCCACCAAGUACACACGGGAUAUCUACAAAGAGCUCCUCAUCUCCUUGGUGGCCUCACUCCUUAUGGACUAUGGAGCCCUCUCCCUCCUUCUCUGGGUUGGCAUCUACGUGUGAGCUCCCAAGGGUACCCGCCAGGUGGCUUCCCUAAAUCCCUGCUUUUGUAAAUUAAUUUUGUUACUGUUGCUAGAAGUGUCCCACCUACUGCUCGAAUAAAGGCAGAUGUGUGACAG